AUGUCGGGCUUCCUCUCGUCCACAGCGACGCUGCUGGGGCGGACGAUCCUGUCGCCCGUCGCGCCGCACUCGCUGUUCGCCGUCAACGUCGAGUACUACAAGCCCGCCUCCUCUUCACCCACGACCUCGUCCUCUCGCACCUCGCCAUCGAUCGAAACCCUCCUUUCGGCAACGGAGACACUCGAUCCGGCCAAGAACCCAACGUUCAAACCUACACCCUGGCUCUCCACUGGUCACCUGCAAACCAUCUACUCGGCCGUGGGCAACUUCGCCCACAUCGACGCGGUCGAGUUCAAACGUCGUGUCUUCGUCGUUCCCGACGGCGGUACUAUCGGUCUUGACAUCUCCCCGCCCACCCUCGCGGCUAGUGAAGAGGACCUCAAAGCGCAGGGUCAUGAGGCAGGGGAUGGUCUUCCGACCGUCGUCUGCCUGCACGGUCUCACGGGUGGAAGCCACGAGAGUUACGUCCGCAACUGUUUCGCCCAUCUCACUGCCCCUGUCUCUGCCGGUGGGCUAGGAUACCGUGCGAUCGUGGUCAACUUCCGCGGUUGCGCCAGUGUACCCGUCACCUCUCCACAGCUGUAUUCCGCGCUCAAGCUCGCCGAUAUCCGUUCUGCCCUGCUGCUCAUCACCAAGCUCUACCCGAACUCUCCUCUGGUAGGGAUCGGUUUUUCGCUCGGUGCCAACAUCCUUGGUCGCUACCUAGGCGAGGAGGGCGAUUCCACCCCUCUCCUUGGCGGCGUCAUCGUCGGUACGCCGUUCGAUCUCAAAUCCGGCGCGGACGAGUUGGACUAUGGAGGCUUCCUCUCCCAUAAAUACUCCACAGCCAUGGGAUCCAAUCUUCAACGCAUGGCUCGAGCACACAAGAACACCCUCGCUCUCCAUCCCUCCUUUCGCUCCUUGCUCGAUGACCUCUACGAUCCCGCACCGCAACCGCGCGCCGAAGUGGAACUGUACAAGGCGCAAGCGAGGAACUACGGUCCUCGCAAGGGGGAGCGGACGGUGAUCAAGAAUUUCACCCUCAAACACGCCGAUCAGGUCAUGACGCGGUUUGUGGGCGGAUUGCCGAAACCAUAUGGCGAGUUUCCGUUCGACAGCGCCGACGAUUAUUAUCGAUAUGGUGGAUGUGCGAAUGUGAUCGAGGGGGUGAGGAGGCCCAUGUUGUGUUUGAGUGCGCAGGACGAUCCGAUUGUGCCGAGUAAGAUGUGGGAUCGCAUUCGCGCGGCGAUUGGUCGCAACCCGGAUGGAUCCAGGAAGCAAGAGGAGGGGGAGUACAACGAGAACGUCGUGUUGGCAUGGACCAAGGCAGGCGGGCAUCUGGGUUGGUUCGAGGGAGUGCGACCGAGGAGGUGGUUGCAUCGGCCAACGAGCGAGUUCAUCAAGGCGGUGUUCGAGCAGACGUCGAGCGAGGAGAAGGCGCGCGUGGCGGGUAGGAGUCGAUGGGUCGCCGACCAGGUCGAUGUCAGGGAAGUGGACGUGGAGCUGACACCUGCGGAAGCAUUGCCGGAGUACACGCUGCCAGGAGAGAACGGCAGGUCGAGUCGAUACAGCGAUUCGCCCAAGAAGCACGAGAAGAAGCAGUUGGACGGAAAGGAUUCGCCAGGCAGAGUGGCGGAGCUGGAUCGCGAGCUGCAAUCCGACGCACCAGGCGCGGAAGACAGCCUACUCAACCCUUCGGAUACGGGCUUCGCUGCCAACGCCCCACCGAGUUCGACCGGCGAAGUCAACGAUGGCGAGCACAAGACGCUGCGAUUGCCAUGGUUGCUCACACAUGUUCUGAAGGAGGCACCCCUCAUCCACCCAAGACACGCAAGCUACGCACCGUACAACGAGCCAACAUCGACCAACGAAGAGGAACGAAAGAAGCUCGGCUGGGAGAAGAUCACGCUCAAGAUGUAUACCGACAAGGAAAGGCCGGAGGUCGGGUUCUGCGAGCUGGGCCCAGAGACGAGGGUCGCAGGUGCAGGCGAGACGUUCCGAGGUGGCAUCGAUACGCCCGGCGGAAGCAUGGCGCCGAGCGCAGACAACAAGGGCAAGAAGAACGUCAUCGCCGGAUUGUAG